GUUAUUCAUUAAGUCACGUGAUAUCUUAUCCGUUAUUUUAAUUUCUAAUAAUUUAAAUCAUAUUAGUACCGAAUAGAAUGAUAUUUCUUUUAUUUUCUUUCUUAUGUAAAUAAAAAAAUUAAUUUGUUAUUACGUUCGAAUGGGUAAUUCUACCUCAAAAAAUAAUUAUCAAAAUAAUCAGAAGUAUACUAGUCAGUAUAGUCUUAGUGAUAUAAUUGGUGGAAGUUGCAUUGGAUCAACACAAUCUUCACAGAAAGAAAUUAAAUCAUGGUCUCGUGCUUCUUGCAGAAGCUGGAGCGAAGGCACAUUAAAUGACCCAUUGGGUACUUCGAAGACAUCAUGGCCUGUAUCACGUACUCAAGCUAUGUUUCUUCCAGAAUUUCAAAUAAAACAAAUACCUUUACAACAUGCUUAUACAUUUGUAAGCAUAAUAGCCAAAGGAGCUUAUGGAAAAGUAUAUAAAAUUCAAAAACAAGAUACCGGACAAUUUUUUGCUUUAAAAAUAAUUAAUAAAGCAAAAGUUGUUGCCGAAAAUGGUAUAAUGCAAGCUAAACAAGAAGUAUCUAUACAAAGAUUGGUUGGUCACCAUCCAUUUAUAUUAGAUUGUUCUCAUAGAUGGCAAGGAAGAAAAACAUUGUAUAUAUUAACUAAUUAUAUUGGAGGAGGAGAAUUAUUUUCAUUAGUUGAACAAUGUGGUUCUUUGCCAGAAAAUAUAGUUAGAAUAUAUGUAGCAGAAAUUGCUUUGGCAAUUGAUUUUUUGCACAAUGCUGGUGUAGUACAUAGAGACAUAAAAGCUACAAAUGUUUUAUUAGAUGAGGAAGGUCAUGCUGUAAUUAUUGACUUUGGUCUUGCAAAAUGGUUAAAUCAUACAGAAAGAACACAUACGCUUUGUGGAACUCCAGAAUACAUGGCACCAGAAAUAUUCAAUAGACAAUAUUAUGGUCAAGAAGUUGAUUGGUGGUCAUUGGGAGUAUUGGCUUGUUUUAUGUUUACAUAUCAGUAUCCGGCCAGUGCAUCCAGUGAACUUUUGCCAGAGAACAGAUCUAAUACUAGUUCCUUACCACCUGGUACUCUACCAUCGAGCGCGGAAAAUAUUUCAUCAGCUGCGAAGGAUCUGUUGAAACGACUGCUACAACCGGAUCCUUGCUUGAGGUUGAGGUCUCUGUUAAGUCUACAGAGGAUUGCUUUCUACAUGGGUUACGAUUUGCACAGUUAUAUGCAAAAGAAGGAAUCUCCGUUCCGUCUGCUAGGACGAAAAGUCGAAAUUGAGCAGGAGAGAAGGAUCAAAGAAUUCUCCACGUUCAAUUCCUCUUUGGCAGACAGUAUAUCUCGCGGCGAAGAUCGAUGAUCUGAUCAAUGUGAUUGUUAUUAGCAACAUUGUCUUUAGUCACUUCAGCUAAUGCCAUAUUGAUUUUGGCCAAAAAAAUGUUCCCUAGUUAUUUUUUUAUUUUAUUGUACGUUAGCUUGUUGCUCAUCGUAGAUUUAUCUCGAGCAACGUCGUCGAUGCCAUCCAUUACUUUUUAAGCGAAUCAACUUAACAUGGAUUUCUAAACUCUCUAUAGAUUACGUUAUAAUUCGAAGAUAUAUUUUUUAAUAUAACUUGUUGUAUAAAAUACGAAUCUCUUUAUCCUCUGGUGCUAUUUUUUGAAGAAAAUUGUUGCGAAGAAGAAUUCAGAGGUUUUUUUAUCGUAUAUUUUUUAAGAAUAAAUUGCGAAGCUUUUGUACCGUGAAAGAAAAAUGUUUAAUGCGUCAAUGUGCGAUUGUAGCUUCUGUGUGCAGUGUUGUACUGCUUGAUACCCCAUCGUGGUGAUAAUUGCAUCGUGUGAAAAUAAAAAUAAACACAUGAAAGUAAAAUGUAUCCAAUUAUAAUAUAAAAAUAAAAAUAUCUUUAUGAAUGUGCAAUUUCUCGAGUUUUUAUCUUUUAUCCCUACCUUUUACACCAGAAAGUUGCUCGACAACUUAAUGAAUCCUAUUGGAAUUAUGUUUCAGGAAUAUAUCGUGAGAAAUUCGCGGUUGGUCUCAGUUUACAAAAGUUUUAAUUUUUUUAAGAAUAGUUAACAGUAUUUUUGUUACAGUAUUUCAUCGAUAAUACAAUAAAUUGCGAUAAAUCGUAGUGCGUACAAACUAACAACAAAAAACAAAACGAAUCUGGAUCGAAAAACGCAGCGUCUUUUUUUUUUUUCUCAUCUUCUUCAUCUUAUUCGUUUCUUCAUUUUGAAAUCAAUCGUGAGAGUAGUUUCUUUUUCUUUUUUUUAUCGUUUCAUUUUUCUUCCCCAUUGUAUCUAUGAAUGUACGUUUUAUCUUUUUUUUUUUUUUUAAAUCUUUCUUUUUUUGAAGAUUUGUUGCUUCGUCUUCGUUCAUUUUCGUGCGUUUCAAUUUUUCAAUUUUUUCGCUUUUUGUUCCUUCUUCAUAGACGUUGGGAGCGGGAGACAGUUCCUUUUCCCCGGAGUGCAAUCAAUCGAAGUUUUUAUGGUAUAAUAAUAAUUAUAUAUACAUUAUUAUUCUUACACUUAGAGGGUUUCUCGAUAUAUAAUACAACGCAUUCCUUCAUAUUACGUCCCGAAUGACGCGUCAGCAAGCGAUCACUGGUCGAAUGUUUCUUUCUUACGCUUGAAUAAAACACAAAUAUAUGUAUAUAAAAAAAAAAAAAAAG